UGAGCUGCUGAGCGGAGAGGUUCCUAUAAGGUGUCAGGAUGUCGCUGUCCUAUUUCUCCAUGGAGGAGUGGGACUAUUUAGAAGAACACAAGGAUCUGUACAAGGACGUCAUGAUGGAGAAUCACCAGUCCCUCACAUCACCGGAUGGAUCGAGGCAGAGAAAUCCACCAGAGAGAUGUCCCAGUCCUCUGUAUUCCCAGGACUCUCCAGAAGAAAAACCAAAUAUCCCACUGGAUCAUCAGGACAGUUCUGGAGGAACAAUUAUCAGCUUCGAAAAACCCGUAUCAAUGUCAGUGAAAGGUGAAGACGGGUUUAGCACCUCCUAUGGAUACCUCAAUUUAUCUUCCUACCAUGAAGUAGAAGAUAACAAUACCACACAAGCUAAUUCAAUAACUCCUAAUGUAUCUGCAGUCUUUGAAAGUAAAGAUUUAUCCACCAACACCACUGGUCUCAAGAAAAGUUUGUGUAAUAAAUCACUGAUUGGCAAAACAAGAACUAAACAGAAAAGUGGGAAACAUUUAAAAAAAAUAUCUAAUCUUUUUUUGCAUAAAAGAAAUCAUCACAAAUCAUUUUCAUGCUCUGAAUGUGGGAAAUCUUUUACCAGGAAAUGCAUUCUAGUUGGACAUCAGAGAACACACGCAGGAGAGAAGCCUUAUUCGUGUUCAGAAUGCGGAAAAUCUUUUACCAGAAAAUUAAUUCUAGUUGGACAUCAGAGGACUCACACAGGAGAGGAGCCAUUUUCAUGUUCAGAAUGUGGCAAAUGUUUUACCGAUCAAUCAAAUUUUAUUCGGCAUCAGAGAACUCACACUGGGGAGAAGCCAUUUCCAUGUCCUGAAUGUGGGAAGUGUUUUAGUCAGAAAUCAUGUCUUGUUACACAUCAGAGAACUCACACAAGGGAGAAGCCAUUUAUGUGUCCUGAAUGUGGGAAGUAUUUUGGUGAUAAAAGAAUUCUUAUACAACAUCUUAAAAGUCACACAGGGGAGAAGCUAUUUUCAUGUUCAGAAUGUGGGAAAUGUUUUAACGUUCAAUCAAAUUGUAUUCGGCAUCAAAGAACUCACACUGGGGUAAAGCCAUUUCCAUGUCCUGAAUGUGGGAAGUGUUUUAGUCAGAAAUCGCACCUUUAUAGACAUCAGAGAACUCACACUGGGGAGAAGCCAUUUCCAUGUCCUGAAUGUGGGAAGUGUUUUAGUCAGAAAUCAUAUCUUGCGGACCAUCUAAGAAUCCACUUAGGGGAGAAGCCAUUUUCAUGUUCAGAAUGUGGGAAGAGUUUUAGUACAAAAUUGUGUCUUGGUAGACAUCAGAAAACUCACACAAGUGAGAAGCCAUUUCCAUGUCCUGAAUGUGGGAAGUGUUUUUACGUGAAAUCAAGGCUUGUAGAACAUCAAAGAAGUCACACAGGGGAGAAGCCCUAUUCAUGUUCAGAAUGUGGGAAGUCUUUUAUUCAGAAAUCACAUCUUAAUACACAUCAGAAAACUCACAUAGAUGAGAAGCCAUUUAUGUGUCCUGAAUGUGGGAAGUAUUUUAGUGUGAAAUCAUUGCUUAUACAACAUCUUAGAAGUCACACAGGGGAGAAGCCAUUUUCAUGCUUAGAAUGUGGGAAAUGUUUUAUUAUGAAAUCGCACCUUUAUAGACAUCAGAGAACUCACACUGGGGUGAAGCCAUUUCCAUGUCCUGAAUGUGGGAAGUGUUUUAGUCAGAAAUCAGAUCUUGUUACACAUCAGAGAAGUCACACAGGGGAGAAGCCAUUUUCAUGUUUAGAAUGUGGGAAAUGUUUUACCAGUCAGCCAAAUUUUAUUCGGCAUCAGAGAACUCACACUGGGGAGAAGCCAUUUCCAUGUCCUGAAUGUAGGAAGUGUUUUAGUCAGAAAUCAGAUCUUGUUACACAUCAGAGAAGUCACACAGGGGAGAAGCCAUUUAUAUGUCCAGAAUGUGGGAAGUAUUUUGGUGAUAAAAAAGUUCUUAGACGACAUCUUAGAAUUCACACAGGGGAAUUUUCAUGUUCAGAAUGUGGGAAGAGUUUUAGUACAAAAAUGUGUCUUGUUAGACAUCAGAAAACUCACACAGGUGAGAAGCCAUUUAUGUGUCCUUAAUUUGGGAAGUGUUUUGGUGUGAAAUCAAUUCUUGUAGAAUAUCAAAGAAUUCACACAGGAGAUAAGACAUUUAUAUGUACUGAAUGUGGAAUUUUAUGGUUCAAUCAGUUUUUAUUGGUUUAUCCAAGCAGAUUAGCAAUAAUAAUUACCAAGAGGUUAUUGUGAAAAACACAUGUAAUAUGUAAUAUAUCAAAAGAUACAAUACACUAGUCAUGUUGAUUAGUAUCCUACUUAUGAAAUGUUUGAAAAUAUAAUUAUAGUAAGGAGAACUAAAAAAAUAAAUAAGAAAAAAUAUAACGAAAAUAUGAGUAAGAAAACAAGAAGAAGGACAGAAGGGGAGACAGGACAGAGACACUAGGUAAGGAACAGGGAUACUGGGAGAAUACAUGGAGACAAGAUAUACCAUAUCCAGGCUGAUAAUAUCUAGAGAACUUAAAGGUUCAGGAAAGAGAGCCGUCUCUCAACCAAGCCGAGAAGCGCGGGGAGGAUCGGAACUGGAGCCAAGACUCCCAAGUUACUGUAUAGACCGGGCCAGAUAAACUUGAGUCAGUACUUAACUCCUCUAGGCGUGCCAGGACAUCCAGAGCAGUUGUAAUCCUCUGCAGACUCUCUGUUGACUUCCACGUACGGGGAAUAAUCUGCCUCAUGGCCUGAAUGUGGUAUUUUUGGGUGAAAUCAGUGCUUAUACAACAUCUUAGAAGUCACACAGGGGAGAAGCCAUUUUCAUGCUUAUAAUGUGGAAAAUGUUUUAUUCUGAAAUCAUAUCUUGCUACACAUCAGAGAAGUCAUACAGGGGAGGAGCCAUUUAUGUGUCCUGAAUGUGAGAAGUGUUUCAGUGUGAAAUCACAACUUGUUACACAUCAGCGAGUUCACACAGUGGAGAAGCAAUUUUCAUGCUCAGAAUGCGGUAAAUGUUUUAGUCUGAAAUCACAUCUUGCUGCACAUCAAAGAAUUCACACAGGGGAGAAGCCGUUUAUGUUUUCUAAAUGUGGGAAGUGUUUUGGUCUGAAGACAUUGCUUAUAGAACAUCUAAGAACACACACAGGAGAUAAGCCAUUUUCAUGUUCAAAAUGUGGGAAAUCUUUUAGUCAGAAAUCAAGUCUUUCUAGACAUGAGUGAACUCACUCAGAGGAGAAGCCAUUGUAAGAGUAAUGUGGUAAAUUUGUAUAGUACAUAUAAUAUGAGUGAUUUAUAAUACAUAUAACCGUAUAGAUUAACCUGCAUUUUUUUAUAUAUGUAUCCUCUGUGAACUUUGUCAUCUAUUCCACUGUUUCAAAACAACUUGGCCUAGAACAUAUUAUUAAAGCCAUCUGUAAUAAUGCUGUGACAUUAAUAGAAAGGGGAGUGUUUUACUCAAUUCAGAACACAGUGAAGAAGAUUACAAAAGAUGCAGUGUGAACAGAUAUAUUAAUGCUCUCAGAGAUUCUAGGAAAUGUUUGUUGCUUUUCCACUAUUAAUGGAUCCAGAUGGGCAGGUCCAGUAUCGGACAAUUGAAAUUUUACCUAGUUUUCAAACCACAAGAUAUUGCCAAUAUGCUAUCAUGUGUAAUUAUGUAAUGUUUCACAUUUACAUUUAAAUAUUGUAACCGCCUUGAAACUUUCACUUACUCCCAUUAUUAGAAGGUAUAUUAAUAAAGAUAUUUGUGAGGGGUCUUUAAGAUCUCCUUAGA